AUGGACACAGCCCAAGGAGCUGACCCAAGCGAUCCUGGUGACAAGGACGGGGACCUGCAGGUGCUGCUGCAGGAGCUCUGCCAGCUGCAGGCCAAGCAGAGGAAGCUGAAGAGAGCCGUGCAGAGGCACAAGGUGUUUGAGGACUACCUGAUGAAGGUCCUCCAGAAAAUCCCCAAAGAGAGCAGCCUUCGGGAGGAGCCGGAGUCGGCCCUGGUGGAGGCCAUGGUGCGGCACUACGGGCGGCUCCUCACGGCCAGCCAGGAGGCCCGCAAGUGCCUGGACACUUUCUCCCAGAUGAACCAGGCCCUCCUCCAGAGCCUGGAGUUCCUGGAGGAGGGCCACAGGACCCUGGUGCCGAGCCUCAAGAUCCAGCUGUGUCAGCUGCAGAAGAAGUGUCACAGCACGCAGUGGCAGAGGCUGAAACACAGCAUCAGCUACCAGAAAGACGUGGGCGUGGACCCACAUCCACACAACCGGAAAUACAGUGGCGAGCUGCUGGACUACCUGCAACUGACCGUGGACAACAUGGCCCGGCAGUGCAGCCGCGCGGCCCACAGAGUGCCCGAGAGCCUGGGCCUCUUCUCCAAGCUCGAAUGGAUUAAGGAAUUCAUGUUGGACACAAUGGAGAUGGUGAGGACGAACUCACUGCUCACAGAACCCAGAGAGUGCUGGGCAGCAGACAGUGCCAAGGACCCGGCGCCCGGGAGCUUCCCCAAGCCCUGCAGGAGCUUUCCAAAGAAGCAGGAUCCGCCCCCCAGCACCCCCCGGACCCCCGUUCUCGAGCACAGCUUGAGAACCUCUGCUCUAGACCUGCCCCAGGAUCUGCCCCAGCAGGGCCACCGAUACCGCUGCCUGGACUUUGGAUUUCCACCUGCGUCCUGA